AUGCAGACAGACAAGGCCGGACACGCUCGAGUCUCCAGAUGGAUGUGUAGCAUGAAAGACAGAGGGUCUAGCUCGAGGCUCAUAAUUCUGUGUGGUCUGAUGACUUUCUGUUUCCUCACAGUUGCCUUACUCAUUGGCAUUGAGAGGGCAGUUCACAUGCAUUUCGAAGAACAGUUGGCAGACUUGCAUUCGACUGUGGAUGAAAUGAGAAACGAGAUUAGUCUCGUUGUGUCGAAACAGGAACGAGUGGUUCGGAGUGUUGAUCAGGACUGCACUUGUUCUAAAGGUGAAGUUGGAAUGAAAGGAGAGAAAGGUGACCCCAGCUUUUGGAUCUCUAAAGGUCAUCCUGGUCCUCCGGGCACGAAGGGGUCCAAGGGUGACGAAGGACUUCCUGGUCAACGAGGUCCUCGUGGUAAACAUGGCAGAGGAGGUGCACCAGGAGACAAAGGUGACAUGGGAGUACCUGGAGUAAAGGGUACUAAAGGAGAACCAGGAGCUAAAGUGCCUUCAUAUGCAACAUUCUUGAAACUGGUUCUCAGUCUCGAUGUUAACAAGGCAAGCGACUACUCUUAUGACGAUGACACGGACAUCAAAGAUUGGGAAGUUGAUCCCUCUUCACAAAACAGCAGUGUCGGAUAUUUGAAGGAUGGAAGUAUAACUGUAACGGUCAGCAACACAUACCACAUCCACUGCAUGCUGCGAGUGCAGCAGAAUUCUAGCCUUGCUCUCCUGCCCUUAGAGCAGAGUCCACCGUUGCAGGUGAAGUCACACAUGUUGACUCUCCAGCAAAGAAUAAACACCCGUCAACUGGCUUUGCUAAGUGACGAUAGUCCCAUUGUGUUGAGUUAA